AUGGCCAAAACAGUAUCCGCGGAGACCUUGCGCCGUUACUGGGCUAACAAGGAUGAAGUGGCCUUGAUUGACGUCCGAGAAGAAGGGCCUUAUGCAGACGCCCAUCCAUUUUUCGCGCUGACCGUGCCGGUAUCGGAAUUGGAGAUCAGAGUACCGGCUCUAGUUCCUCGGCUCUCUGUGCCCAUUGCUGUCUACGAUGAUGGGGAGGGCUACGCCGAGCGUGCUGUGGCACGACUCGAAGCCAUAGGCUAUCUUGAUGUUUCUAUCUUAGCAGGUGGCCUGUCCGGUUAUGCACGGGUGGGCGAGGUGUUCCGGGACGUAAACGUGCCCUCAAAAGCCUUCGGGGAGCUCGUGGAGGCCAUUCGUCACACACCCUCCUUGCCUGCACGCGAGAUCAAGCAGCUUCUAGAUAGCGACAAUGAUGUGGUGGUUCUGGAUUCACGAAGGUAUGAAGAGUACCACACCAUGAGCAUUCCGCGAGGGCAAAGCUGCCCGGGAGGGGAGUUGCUGUACCGGGUCUUUGAGGUAGCCCCGAAACCGACCACUAUCGUUAUUGUCCACUGCGCAGGCCGCACCCGAAGUAUCGUUGGUACUCAGUCCCUAGUCAAUGCGGGUAUUCCCAACAGAGUCGUUGCUCUCGAAAACGGCACCAUCGGUUGGACACUCGAGGGUUUGGAACUCGACAAGGGCAGAAUUGAGCGAGUCGGGCAGCCGUCGUCUGCAGCUGUAGAACAGUCGCGACAGUAUGCCAGAAGGUGGGUUAGCCAUGUCGGUGUACCCGUUGUUGGUAUAGAGAAAGUCAGAGAAUUCACAGCGGCGGCAGAUUCGCGAACGCUGUACCUGCUGGAUGUGAGAGAUCCAAAAGAGUACGAGCAGGGCCAUCCGAAGGGCUUCGUUUCUGCUCCCGGUGGCCAGUUGGUCCAAGCUACCGACGAAUGGGUUGGCGUUAGAGGCGCCCGGAUAGUGUUAUACGAUACCGAUGGAGUAAGAGCUCUCAUGACCGCUAGCUGGUUGUUACAGCUCGGUUGGGAUGUCCAUGUUCUUGAACACGGUGCUUCAGUGCCGGAUGAUCUCCCCUCGGCCACGCAAGCCUCUUGGCAAGUACCAAAAUCUGGCGCCAUAACAGUCGAGGACCUCAAAAGACUUGCUCAGCCAACAAUCGUGGAUCUUGCCCGCAGCCCAGUCUAUCGAAAGGGCCACAUACCUGGGGCUUGGUUCGCUUCUGGCCCAGAACUCGCCCGUGAUCUGCAAUCCGCUCCGGGUUCCGGGCCUAUCGUGCUAACAUCACCGGACGGCAAAAUUGCAGCCUUAAAUGUGGACUACGCUCGCACGCACUUGUCGCGAGAGAUCCUAUAUCUAAGCGGAGGAACGGAGGCGUGGACAUCCCAGGGCAACCUACUCGAGACAGAACACCGAUGGUUGUCAAAACCUAUUGAUGUUUACAAACGCCCAUAUGAAGGAACUGAAAACGCUCGAAAAGACAUGCAAGGAUAUAUUGAUUGGGAGCAUGGACUCGUCGCACAGAUCGCGAAUGAUGGCAUUGCGCGCUUCCACGUUGUGCGUGACAUACCGCAGUGA